GUAUCCGCUAUACGGAUGUAAGGCUUGUUUGUAAGGAAGAAGGAAAACAAAAGUCCUUCAUUCUGUCCGAGUCCUCACAAUUUGACUGAAAUAGGCCUAAUUUGAGCUGCAUAGUCAAAGAUUUCUUCAAUCUUAUUUUCAAUUUGAAUAAUUCUGAAGUUUGAAUUCACCACCAGCAACAUGAUGAGAAGAUUGAGGAAGUGUAUGAUCAUCAUCUUUGGUAUAUUGCCGAGUAUUAUCACUACUAACAGCGCCACUAUCGAAUACCUCAAUUUGGACCAUUGUGACGUUACCUAUGUCACCUCGCCCAAUUACCCAGACAACUAUGAUAAUAAUAUCAACAUGACAUGGAUGGUAACAGCGCCACUUGGUUACCGAGUAGUGCUCCGUUUUAUGGUGCUUGUCAUCGAGGUAAAUCAUGACUAUGUCACAGUCUUCGAUGGUUGGACACCUGUAUUUGAGGGCGCUGUUCAAAGACUUCACAUAUCCGGUUCUACCCCGCCUCGCUACAAUCUAACCUCUGUUGGAUCAUAUCUAUGGCUUCGAUUCACAAGUGAUGUCGAAUUAACACGAGAAGGAUUCAGGGCACUUCUGUCAUGCAUCCCUAUCCCUGUUGUAGAUUUGUCGUUGAUUGAGUCUUCCAACUUAUCAUCGCCGUUUUAUCCAGAACAAUACAACGACAAUACCGACCUUCUUUGGAAGGUAACAGCUCCAACUGGUUUCAGGGUCGUACUGACCUUCGCAGCAUUCAAUACAGAGAAUGAUCAUGACUUUGUGACUCUGUUUGAAGGUCGAUCUACCUUCUUCAACGAAUCUUCAUUAAGAAAGACACUUUCUGGGACUCCUCGAUUGGGUAAAUAUAAGUCUAUUGGUUCCCAUUUGUGGAUUCGCUUUACCAGUGAUGACAAUACUGUCUUGCAUAGCAGUUCAUCAAAGGGCUUUCAGGCGCUGCUCUCUUACACUACGGCACAAGUUUCAGAGGUGCUGCUAGUAGAUUCAGAAACGAUACACAACGUUACAUCCCCGAACUACCCUGACAGUUACGCCGGCUACGAUGAUAUCCUAUGGAGAAUCACAGCUCCAGAAAACUACCGAGUUCUUCUCCAUUUCAAAGACUUCAACACAGGAGACCAAGAUAACGUCACCAUUUAUGAAGGGCGUGGACCGAAUAUAGAGGAAUCUACAUGGCGAAGCAGAAAUUCUGGACAUGGUAGUCAGCAUAAUAUAACAUCGAUCGGAUCUUACCUUUGGAUACGAUUUAUUAGCGAGAGGAAUGACAAUAUCGAUGGAGCUGAUGGUUUCCGGUUGAUGGUCUACCCAAUCCCAAUACCUGAUAUCCAAUUGACGUCAAUCAAGGCAGUAAACUUGUCAUCUCCUAAAUAUCCUGGAUUAUACGACACUAACACUGAUAUCAUUUGGCGAGUGAUUGCUCCAUCGGGAAGUAAGGUAGUGAUCAGCUUCAUUGAUUUCCAUACCAAACAAGGUUCUGAUUUCCUAACCAUCUAUGAAGGACUGACAGGUGAUUUUGAGGGCGCUGUUCAGGGUUUCAGACUGUCUGGAGAGUCUUCCCCAGACAUUACCUCGACAGGAUCCUACGUGUGGCUUCGGUUUACAACCGGUAGCGAGAUAGACAGUUGCGUAUCAUGUAGCGGGUUCAUGGCGACGUUACAAGCAAUUCAAGGAUGUGAAAUUCAAUCGACCUUAUUAUCAUCACCUGAUGCAGAAGCACCUACUCUAAAGACGACAUCCGAAACAAACCUACAACCCAAUAUCAUUGUUAUAGCAUCAGUUGUGUCUUCUUUCAUACUACUCCUAGUUGGAUCGGUUCCUUUUACAUUAUUUAUGUGUCAUCGUAAGAGGAUAAAAACUGAGGAUUCUCAUGUGCCUGAUACUGAGUCUGCAGACCACAUGUAUAGGAAUCCAGUUUACAGUUCGAAUAAUGAAUCCAAGGACUGUAUCCCUUGCUCAAGAAGUCUUGAACUACACUUAUCGCCUUCUGAGCUCAGUCAGAGUGUGACUUCAAUUGCGGGUGUGGCUGAUGAAGAUGAUUUCAAUCUGGACUCUAAACGAAAUAAGUUGGAAGACACCGCUUAUUCAACUUACUGCUCUAUUUCUGAUCUACCAGAGAGUGAUCAACCAGCAUCCCUUCUUCCCAAGGUCGAUUUACCAGAAAAUACUUACGAGGCGUUUGCUGAAGGAGCCUUGCCUAACGAUGCAGCAAAUGACGAAGUAAAAUCAAGGGAUUCUGUAACCACUCUAAUAACAGAAGUUGCUCCUGAGAAACUACGUCUAACAGAAGAUGGAUAUGAAAAAUGCAUCGUGGAAAACAACAAGAUUGAUUCUUCUCCCUUAGAAGACGCCUUCAGGGGUAUGCUAGAAAGAAAAUUGCUACCAGAUCGUGAAGCACACUGUGAGUUCUAUACUGACAGUGAUACUGGCUUUAAUCAAGUAAACAUUCGAUCUAUCGCACAGAGUCCUGUACAGCGCAAUACACCUACUGAUGAUGGGCAAUAUCUGGAGGUUAAUGUCUAUACACCGACAGUUUUGGUUCGUACAUCAAUCAGUAAUGCUGAAGAGGAUGACUUACCUGAUGUAUCACAGGCUCCUAUCACCUGUAUAAAACUACACGCUGAUCCAGCAACACGUCGAGUAACAGAAGAUGGGUACGAAGAAUGUAUUGUUAACAACACUGGUGACGUUUCUAAACAUUUGGUAGAUAUAACAGACGCCACCAACGACACAGAGAGUGGAGAAACCUCAUCAACUCUUCAAAUGCAAUAUAAAUAUGAUUCUUACCGUGGCAAUUAUAAUGACAAUGGAUAUGAUCAACCCAGAGCAGUAGGUUCGUUACAAGCUAAAUCACCUGAAGACUAUAAAAACGAUGAUCAAUACCUUGAUGUUAAUAUUCCUAUACAGUCUAUUAGGAACUCUACAUCUAGUGCUAAUAGUGCAGCCUCGUUAUGUCGCGAAGAAGAAUACAAUAUAUUAGACUUUACGAGGUCAUGUCCGAGUUUACGAUAUCUUUCAAACUCUCAAAUAUCCUUAUCUAGGAGUGAAGAUGGCAACCGUUGUAAUGGUGAUACCUAUGAUGUUCUUACUCAUCGGAAGACGACAUCACCGCGAAACUCUGCCGACAUUUGCCUUCAUAAUGACAAUGUUUAUAAUACUCUUAGUAAAGUUAAACCACAGCACUGAGAUGAGCUUAAUGGAAUGUGUGAUUUCGCGGAGGAUUGCGAAAUCUGAACUAUUAUGCUACAUACUGUAAAAUGCAUGCGAUAGUUCAAAGACAAGCCUACCCCAACAAAAGAGUUGAUAUGAAUAAGAGAACAAUCCAAGCAUAAAACGAGAAACUUCAUCAAAAUCGGAUGUAAAAUAAGAAAGUUAUGAUAUUC